GAAGAGCGGUCUAGCCUUUACUGAGGUAAGCCUGAGCGGUAGCCCAGAGUGGUCCCUUAGCUCAUUAUUAGGGUCCACUUGCACCUGCGCUCCUGAAACAAGGAGCUGCGCCUUACCAAAUAAGGACAUGUGAUAGCCUCACUUGGAUGACGUUGGACGUGAAAUAGUAAAGAACGGGAGUAUGUGCACAGUUUCGACGGAAUACUAAACCGGUGGGGGAACACCAGGCUAAUCUGGUUACAUAAGAAGCCACUGAGUUUGCAGACUGCCUCUGCACUAAUCCGCUGAACUAUUCAUGUUCAACUGUCCCACGGCUGCUAAACACACAGGACAAACGCGCGUACACUUGUGGCUCCUUGCAGGCACAGGGGCGCUGUAGCGGAGCGUGAGAUUAUAAACUGAACGCGGACACAGAUUUCUUUGAGGUGCUCGAACGCAUCUCUGCAGAGACUGCCUUUGCCUCAUGUUGCAACUGACGGCUUGCGCUGUUCGAGCCCGUGACGAUUCCGCUGACGCGCCACUAGCCGCACCACCCAGGAGGUAGAGAGGAGAGCUGUGAGCGACGGAGAGCGAGCAGUGGACUCAUUGGACACCGGACUUUCAUUUUCUCUUACCAUAACGACCGAGGACGGACGCCCUACUGUUGUGGAAGUCCCGUGGACGACAUUUACCGAGCGUCAGCAAUCAACCAGUAGCAUCACCCAGACUCUUCUGCAGUGAUGGAAGUACCAAGCUUGGCGCACAACAUCACCAGUCCAUUAAGUCCCUGUGAGGGGAUGAUCAAGGACCUAAGCUUGGACGCGAUACAAUUAUGCGAACGAGAUGGAAAUAAAUCCCAGGACGGUAGCAUCUCUGAAAUGGAGGAGCUUCCUGUUCCUCAGAAUAUCAAGAUCAGCAACAUCACCUGCGACUCCUUCAAGAUCUGCUGGGACAUGGAAGCUCGCAGCAAGGAGCGCAUUACACACUACUUCAUUGACCUGAACAAGAAGGAGAACAAAAACUCUAACAAGUUCAAACACAAGGAUGUUCCUACUAAGCUUGUGGCUAAGGCUGUGCCCCUGCCCAUGACUGUCCGGGGUCACUGGUUUCUGAGCCCCCGCACAGAGUACACUGUGGCCGUCCAGACUGCAUCGAAACAGACAGAUGGAGACUACACUGUCUCGGAGUGGAGUGAGAUCAUUGAGUUCUGCACCGCUGAUUAUUCAACAGUGCACCUAAACCAGCUGCUGGAAAAGGCAGAAGUCAUUGCGGGGCGAAUGCUGCGUUUUUCUGUCUUCUAUAGAAACCAGCAUAAAGAAUAUUUUGACCAUGCCAGGGAUAUGCAAGAAAACCGGAUGCUCCUGUCAGUGAAAGACAACAGUGGCAGCCAUGGCUCGCCUAUCAGUGGCAAGCUAGAAGGCAUCUUCUUCAGUUGCAACACAGAGUUCAACACAGGCAAGCCACCGCAGGACUCCCCAUACGGUCGCCUUCGCUUCGAGGUCCGGGCAGAUGCACUCUUCAACCCUGACACCAGCCUGUACUUUGGAGACUUCUACUGCAUGUAUACUGCCUACCACUAUGUCAUCCUGGUCCUGGCACCAAAAGGCUCCAGGGGAGACGAAUUCUGUAAGCAGAGGCUUCCUGUGCUCGACAUUAGCAACAACCGUUUCCUGACCUGCAAGCAGGAAGAGAAAGGUCUUGUGUUUCAUCACGCCCAAGAUGUCAUUCUGGAGGUGAUCUACACAGAACCUGUAGACCUGACCAUGGGCACGGUGGCGGAGAUCAGUGGGCACCAGCUGAUGAGUCUGUCCACAAUAAAUGCCAAGAAGGACCCCAGCUGCAAGACCUGCAACAUUAGUGUGGGACGCUAAGGAGGAGCAGAAUUUCCAAGUGGAAGAAAAGGUGAAACUGGAUUUGACUGACCUCUACACACAAAGGAAGUCCACGUGUACUUAAGUAGACCAACACAUGCAUGAAGCAACAGAUUUAUUAGGCUCCUAGACAUGCACAUUAACAUAUCUGACUGUGUUCUUUAAUCCCAAGAGGCCAUCAUUCCCAAAGAAUGGAGAGGGGGAAAAAAGAAGGUACACACUCUGACACAUCCACUACUGUCUCCUCAUCUGAAAAAGGGUUGUAAUCACACUGAAAACACCAACUGAAAUAUCUAAACAGCCACCUGGCAAGUCACAGUGGUGUACUCACCAAACCCUUUAACUGUACUAACAGACACUGGCUGCUUUUAUUCAAAUCCCUGUUAUUUUAAUCAGCUGUCUGAUUUUUUUUUUAUUUCUUUUAUAUUAAUGACCUUAGCCUUGGUUUUAUUGAUAUGCUGUUAAAUGAGUGUCCACUGUCUGCGUGGACAAAAAUAUUGUUUUUAUCCCGAUUAUAUUGACUGUAUGUUUCAUUUUUUAUUCCACAGUUGACAAAUUCAGACUUACCUCCUUCUAGUGGCAUGGACUGGUACUACAAUUUUCUAGGGCUGCAGCAUCGAUAGUAAACUUUCUUUAUACCAAAGUUAUUGUAAACCAGACAUCAAACUGCUGUGGAAUCUAAACAGUACUAAUGCAACAGCCUCUAAAUGUGUAUUCACAAAGUCUUUGAUAAUUUCAAGUCUGAGCAACUUGUUAACCUUUAAAAAAAAAAGAUGCAUGAUGCAGUUGCUGUGCAGCAUGAGUUUAAAAGCUGUCAGUACCUCCAACUUCUGUGCAACAGUCAUUCUUAUUUUAUCGUCAGUGGAAAGAAAGAAAGUAGAACCAUAAACUGUGUUUAGCAGAAUAAAUGUGAAAAAAUAUUUAUUUUUACUGAUACAUUAAUAUAUAUGUAUAUAAAUAUAUAGAAAACUAUAUAAACCAGAAGUGCACAAUGUCAAAAGCUCUGGUCAUUGUCAACACAGGAUUUCGGGGGGGCAUUAUUUCAUACAGGCAAAGGGGGAAAAAAACACAAAUUUGACAGCAUAUAUAAUUUGCACUACUUUGCGUAUACUUAUUUUCCAAGCUAAAUAUAAAAAUUAAGUUUAAGCUCAAGUAUGAAAUUCCAAAUGCAUAUCAUAGCACAAUGUAGGACUAAAAAAAAUAAAACAAAACAAAAAAAAAAAACGGAAAAAAACCAACAUGCACAAACACUGCAGGAUUGUGACACUGACUGCAGUUAAGCUUACACAUUUCUUUCACCAAUACAACACUUUUAAAAUAUAGUUUCCACAUCUGCAAUGGACAAAUGUUUUGGCAAGGAAAGAAAGUAACAAGGUGCCAUAAUAUACAGUAAUUAUAAAAUAACUUAUACACAACAUCCAGCUGUUGUAGCACUCAACAUAUAGACCUGUGCUACAUAGCAUACACAUGCUACAUCACAUUUCUAUUAUGUCCUGAAUAAUAAGGGAUGCAUUUUUGGGACUAGGCUAAAAACUUUGCAGCUGUCCAGUAUUAAUUAAACCUGUCAAUAAUUUCCAUCAGUUUUCUUCAUGUAAAGUGCAUUAACAUAAAAAGUAUGACAUGAAACAACAUGUAUGAUCUCACCAUCAAAACCUUCAGAAAUGACCCUGUUAAGAUAAAUAGAAGUCCCACUGUGAGUAACUCAACUUAUCUUGGUUGAGUCCUGUUGUUUACUGAGCAGGGCCUCCAGUAGACGGAGCUUCGCUUUGAGGUUCUUAUACUGGCAGUACUCCUCUGCCAUUGGUCCACGGUCCUCCUUCUGACAAACCCUGUUAACAAUGCAUGGAGGGGAGAGGAUGCAGGCAGAAGGCAAAACUUCUUUUUUUUCUUUGUAGUUUCGAAACAACCUGCAGCAGCUUUCAUAACUGGUUGAUAGUCCCUAUGUUGCCUUACUCAGAUAGCUUUGUACAGUGUGUAUUGUAAUAAAAACUUACUGUAUUUACUUUGGACAGCUAACGUGUACAGUACAAAAGAUGUGUACAUUUCAGAGCAAAAGUCUCUCUUUGUCUCUUACAUGGGCUCUCUGUGUUGGAUUAAUGUUACAUGAGUGUGCAUUACACUGUCGUACCGUUACGAUGGAAUUUCUUUUGCGUAUGUUUUUUCUUUGAUUUUCACAAGGCAUUGUUGAAAAACCAAACGUUCCAAGUUUAUUAAAAGACAAAAUUAAAAGCAAAUGCCAGGUACUCUUA